UUUAACUUUCAGUUUCAAAUUUAUUCAGGAAAACAUGGCGUCCGUCUAAAACUUGACUGUAGAACCGAUUUGGUCAAUCAGACCCACUUUAAACAAAGACACAGUUUCGCCGAAGGUUUUAAAAUCCUAAAAAGUAAAAUUAAACCGGAGCUGCUCGACUGAAGGCUUCGGUUUACGUUAGGCGUCACCUCCACUGUCCGUGUGUCGUUACCGGAGUCUCUGCAGUUCAUUAUCAUGUUUGAAGAAACGGGCCCAGUGUGGCUGUCCGAGGAGGUGAAAACAGGAACAACCAUUAUCGCCAUAGAGUUUGAUGGCGGGGUCGUGCUGGGGUCUGACUCCCGAGUGUCUGCUGGGGCAUCAGUGGUAAACAGGGUGAUGAACAAACUGUCUCCCCUCCAUGAUAAGAUCUACUGUGCUCUGUCAGGAUCUGCAGCAGACGCUCAGACCAUCGCUGAGAUAGUCAACUACCAGCUGGAUGUGCACAGCAUUGAGAUAGGUGAGGAUCCUCAGGUUCGCUCAGCUGCCACUCUUGUGAGAAACAUCUCAUACAAGUACAAAGAGGAGCUGUCAGCACACCUGAUUGUAGCGGGCUGGGACAGAAGAGAUGGAGGGCAGGUGUUUGCAACUCUAAAAGGGCUCCUGACACGUCAGCCGUUUGCAGUCGGUGGCUCUGGCAGCUCGUAUGUUUACGGUUUUGUUGAUGCUGAAUAUCACAAAGGCAUGAGAAAGGAGGAGUGCCAGCAGUUUGUUGUCAACACUCUCUCUUUGGCUAUGAACCGUGAUGGCUCCAGCGGAGGUGUGGCCUACAUCGUCACCAUCGAUGAACACGGCACAGAGGAGAAAGUUGUUCUAGGAAAUCAGUUACCCACCUUCUUUGAUCAGUGACAGAUUUUUUUUGGCUCCACAGAAGCCAUGGCUGACUUUAUUGCACAGCUGUCAACUAACUCAGCUUGUGUUUUGCAAACACUGAACAACACUGAUAAUUAAAUAAAAGAAAAUAACCCCUGUGUUUCUACUUAAUUAUCAUAAGUACUGCAAGCAUAUUAUCAGCUAACCUUUCUUAGUACUGAUAUUUACAUGUGAGCUUAAAAUAUAACAGUAGUUAAGCUUACAAUAUAUGACCUGAUUUACCUGCCAUCUGAAUUUCAAUAACAUUUUUUGUUCAUUUUGCAAGAAUGAAAUUGAACGUUUCUCUGGUUCAUCCGAGGCCGCUUCGUCCUCUUAAAAUUGCUGGUUGAUUAUUGUCUGUUCCAUAUUUUAUUGGAUGUCAGAGUAAAUAAAGCUUAAAAUUAUAAGCA